AUGGAUACACAGAAUCUCUUUGACGUCAAGGGCAAGGUGGUGCUGGUUACCGGUGGUGCGAAGGGUAUUGGUCGUAUGAUCUCUGAAGGAUUUGUAGCCAACGGCGCUACUGUCUACAUCUCAUCUCGUGAUGCGAAGUCUUGCGACGAAGCGGUAAAGGAGCUCAAUGCGCUUGGAAAGGGCAAAGCACACGCCAUCCCGGCAGAUUUCUACAAGGAGGAGGAAUGUCAGAGAUUGGCUGACGAGCUCAAGAAGCGAGAGAACAAGCUCCACGUCCUUGUCAACAACUCCGGCUCGAACUGGGGUGCCCCAUACGAUGAAUACCCAUCUUCUGCCUGGUCUAGGGUCCUUACGUUGAACCUUCAACGUGUUUUCGACAUUACAAAACUCGUUACGCCGUUGUUGGAGAAGGCCGCCACUACUGGCGACCCCGCCCGAAUCAUUAACAUCGGAAGCGUUGAUGGAUUAAGAGUUCCGGCACUUGAGACCUUCGCAUACAGUGCUAGCAAAGCUGGCCUGCACCACCUGAGUCGGGUGCUGGCCAACCAUCUUGGCAAAAGAAACAUAACGUUUGUGUUCCCCGUGUUACCGGCUGCAUUCAGAUUGCUGACCCUAGUUUUAUCCAAUAGGUCCAACUCGUUGGCCUGCGGUCCAUUCCAAAGCAAGAUGAUGGCUGCUACGCUGGAGGCUUACAGAGAGACCAUCGAAGCGGGUAUCCCAUUGGGCCGGAUCGGCACACCUCAAGAUGUUGCUGGAUCGUGCCUGUUCCUGAGCAGCCGUGCCGGUGCAUUUGUGAACGGCGCAACCAUCGCAUUGGAUGGUGGAACUCUUGUUGGUUCUAAGCUGUAA